AUGGCGUACUCCACGCUGCAGAGGGUGGCCCUGGCCUCGGGGGUCGUCCUGGCCGUGUCGCUGCUGCUGCCCAAGGUCUUCCUGUCCCGCGGAAAGCGACAGGAGCCGGCGCCGGCGCCCGGAGGAAAAUUGGGCCGAUUUCCUCCUAUGAUGCAUCAUCACCAAGCACCCUUAGAUGGCCAGACUCCUACAGCGCGCGCCCAGAAGUCUCACCUUGCGGAGGCCUUUGCAAAGGCCAAAGGAUCAGGUGGAGGCACUGGAGGAGGAGGAGGUAGUGGAAGAGGCCUGAUGGGGCAGAUUAUUCCAAUCUAUGGCUUUGGGAUAUUUUUAUACAUACUGUACAUUCUAUUUAAGCUUUCAAAGGGGAAGACUACUACAGUGGACCGGAAAUGCUCUACUGCCACAUCUGGAGACACCUGCAGGAAAAUUACCAAUUUUGAGCUUGUUCAACUGCAAGAAAAACUGAAGGAGACAGAGGAAGCCAUGGAAAAAUUAAUUAAUAGAGUGGGACCUAAUGGUGAAAGAGUACAGACUGUGACUUCUGACCAAGAAAAACAGUUGCUGUGUCAGCUCCGAGAAAUCACCAGGGUCAUGAAAAAAGGAAGAUUCACUGACAGGCCCACUCCAGAACAAGAGGCUGAGGAGGCCCCUUACAUGGAGGACUGGGAAGGUUACCCUGAAGAGACUUAUCCAAUUUAUGACCUUUCAGAUUGCAUCAAGCGUAGGCAAGAAACAAUCCUGGUGGAUUACCCGGACCCCAAAGAGCCCUCUGCAGAAGAACUAGCGGAGAGGAUGGGAAUGCUGGGAGAGUCAGACCCUUUGGGUUGGGAAGUGCCCACUGGCGGCAGAGCCCAGGAAGAGAAUCCUGUUACUGCGUGUGACCCGAAGCCAGAGACACGUUCCUGCUGUCUUCACGAGGAAGAGGACCCAGCCUUCUUGGUAGAGAAUGCUGGGUUCCUGGCAGACAGUUACAGUGAGCAGGAGGACAGCACCCCGGAAGCCUGGCCCCAGAGCUUCGGAGAUGCGCGGCCGGGCGUCAGUGCUGACAGAGCGUGUCCUGGGGGCACUCUGAGGAACCGGAACCCCCAGGGUUUAGAGUGA